CGAGAUAAAAAGGUUUAUUACCCGUCCGUUGUUUGAAGAGUGGCAAGCGGCGAGAUAUCCAGUUUGACCUGGUUUCAUUUCGGAUCUGGUGGCCUGAAUUCUCCUUCAGCAAUGGAUGCACUGAGAAAACAAGCGAACAAGUUGAGAGAACAGGUUGCUAAGCAGCAGCAGGCAGUUCUUAAACAGUUCAAUUCAAGUGGUUAUGGAAGUUCCGAUACAAUAGUUAUAGAUGAAGUAGAGUUGCAACGACACCAACUGCUUGAGAAGCUUUUUGUCUCUACUCGAACAGGAAAGCAUUUUCAAAGAGACAUUGUCCGAGGUGUUGAAGGGUUGGUAUCCUCUGGUUCUAGACAGAUUGAAAUAGGAACAAAAUUAUCUGAAGAUUGUCGUAAGUAUGGAGAUGAAAAUCCCAGUUACAAUGGUGGGCUUUUAGCAAAAUCUGCAUGCAUUUAUGGCAUGGCCCGUGCUCAUAUGGAGAAGGAACGAGAUAACUUAAAUAAAUCACUCGCUUCUCAGAUAGCAGAACCUUUAAGAGCAAUGAUCACGGGAGCUCCUUUGGAAGAUGCUCGCCAUCUUGCUCAACGUUAUGACCAAAUGCGACAAGAAGCUGAGCUACAGGGAACUGAAGUUUCAAAACGACAAGCAAGAGUCAGAGAGGUUCCAGACAACCCUGAUAAUAGAAUGAAGUUGCAAGCAGCUGAAGCAAAGAUGCAAGAACUUAAGGCCAACAUGGCAGUUUUAGGAAAGGAGGCUGCAGCGGCAAUGGCUUCUGUUGAGUCACAACAACAAAGGCUGACACUUCAACGUCUAAUUGCUCUGGUUGAAACAGAAAGGAUAUUCCACCAUAGAAUUGCACAAAUUCUCGAUGAAUGUCAAGCAGAGAUGGUUUCAGAGAAGCAACGAAUUGAAUCUGCACCAUCUAUAGUAUCUGAUAAUUAUAUACCUCCCCCAACAUAUGAAGAAUUUAAGAUGAAUGGGAGUCGUGCAUCUCAGAUCUCGUCUUUAGAUAGAUCUGUUGAGAUAGCUAUGUAUUUCUUAGCUGAGGCAAUGCAUGCAUUUGAAGCUGAGUCAGAGGGAGAGCUAAGUUUAGCAAUUGGUGAUUAUGUUGUAGUUCGACAGGUUUCAUCUUCAGGUUGGUCAGAAGGUGAAUCUAAGGGAAAAGCAGGCUGGUUCCCUUCAGCUUAUGUCGAGAGGCGUCAACGUGUUCAAGCAAGCAAAGUUGCUGAAGUCUUUUGAGGGCUGUAGCACUGCUAAUCUUUGCUCUUUUAUCUCUACAUCUUGUCAUAUCGAUCUUCAAUGUAUGGAGCUCAAGAUUGUGUCGAGGACUACAGACUUCAUAAGCUACCUUUUAUUAAGCUUGAAUUUGCUCUACACAACACAGUAGAUCUUGAAAAUUCUGUUUGGGUUUUGGAAUGCGAAUAUUAAGCCUUGUUUAAUUUCAUUUUUUCUUCUUUGCAUAAUUAAAUUUGACCUAAUAGAGUUAAUGUAUUGUACGUACUUUGUUGCUUAGUACAUACUUUUGUAAAUGAUUGUAUAUGUAUGAUUUAUGAAUCUUUAUAAGUGAAUGGUUUGUUUAAGUUA